AUGUUUAGUCUUACCCAGUCGAUAGCCUUUCCCAAUCAGGGCAAGUGGUCGUACACUGUGGCACAGCCAAAGAACGAUCCGACGAAUCAGACACUAAUGGCUGGCAUACCGUUGGCUGUAUUGGAUUCAGUGAUCUGUUGGUGGGUUUUCAGUAGUUUAGUGCAAACCACCCGAACGUUACGGUUGCGACGGAAUGUCAUUAAACUGCAUCUCUAUAAGCAGUUCACCAAUACUUUGAUUUUUGCCGUUUUGGCGUCGAUUGCGUUCAUGAUAUGGCAAAUACAUAACCAUAAACUGACACAAUGUCUGACGGAUUGGAAGGAGUUAUGGGUAGACGAGGCCUAUUGGCACCUCUUGUUCUCAGCGGUUCUCUUAGUCAUUAUGGUGUUGUGGAGGCCCACCAAUAAUAACCAACGG